UGAAAUCUCGCAUACACUGUGAACUAUUCGACUCGGGCGACGAACCUAUUGAAAACGUCUAUCAUGGCAGCAAAAGCUAUCGCUGUCAUCGCUGGUGUGGGCCCGGGAACGGGCGCUUCUAUUGCCCGUCGCUUUGCCAAGUCUUACGUGGUAGCCUUACUAGCCCGUAAUCCGGACAAUUAUCAACCUGUUGUUCAGGAAAUUUCUUCCAGUGGCGGACGCGCUGUUGGGAUCAGCACCGAUGUAUCGGAUGGCAACAGUGUUAAGAGUGCGUUUGCUGAAAUAGCCAAGGCGUUUCCAAAUAUGCCGCUUGCCGCGGCGAUCUAUAAUGUUGGCGGCGGACUGCCGAGAAAGCCCUUUUUAGAGCUUUCAGAAGACGAAUUCAAGGCUGGAUUUUCGAGCAAUGGGCUAGGGGCAUUUCACUUUUCCCAGGAGGCCAUUCCGCUGCUUUUGAAGGCCUUGGAUUUAGAGCAUCCGCCUACACUAAUUUUUACAGGAGCAACCGCAAGCUUGAGAGGUUCUGCGGGAGUUGCACCAUUUUCAACCGGAAAGUUUGCACUCCGUGCGCUAUCUCAGUCCCUGGCUCGCGAAUUUGGGCCUCAGGGAAUACACGUUAGCCAUGUUGUUGUCGAUGGAAUUAUCGAUAUUGAGCGCACAAAGCACAUCAAGCUCGAUGCACCGGACGCGAAGCUUAGCCCAGAUUCGAUCGCGGAUACAUAUUGGUAUCUACACACACAGUCCCGAACAGCAUUCACGCAAGAGCUUGACCUACGCCCGUACAUUGAAAAGUGGUGAAUGCAGGGAAAUAACCUAGCAACUGGGAGUAACAUGACAGUGAUCAAGAUGGAGAAAGAAUA